AUGAGCACGAGAGGCCACCCGUGUGAGCUUCCUUCUCAGCUACCGCGACUGAACCCAAGUAUCGCGCUUGAUCCUGCUCUAGAAGGUAUCUAUCUCCGCUCCCGUGGCGCUAUCUUGGAGGACUCGCGGCGUCAGCAACGGCAAGGUAAACAGACCGACCGGGUGCGAACACUUCCACGUCAGCGAGGCAGACGUCAAAUUGAGGAGCUUGCUUUGGCGUACCAGUGUGCGAAGGUAUCGGCCGCGAAAGAACAAGAACACUACGAGCGGCUAGCAGCAGCAAAAGCAAGUGAAGUUCGGCGACUAGACCAGUUGAGAGUGCGUGAAGAAGCUAGAGAGGAGAUUGCGAUCUCCGAUGCAGAUGCCCGAAAGCUACGUCGAGUGGCUGGCUACGGGAAGAAGAAGCCGCGCCUGUCUGAGGCGGACUACCGCCUCAUUCUCGAGCUGGCAGGGUCCGAGCCCCAGCGCAAAGCUGCGUUGCGGCUUGGUACAACCCAAAGUACCGUUAGCCUCCACCUCCGAAAGCAAGGAACGCAUUCAGAGCGUCGAGGCCGCAAUCCCAUGCUGACUGAGGAGAUGAUUUUCGCUGCAGCCCGUUUCCAGUUCGUCAGCAAGACGGCAUCGUUCGCGCAUACGGUUGCCUUCAUCCAAAUGGUCUACGGCAUCAAACCCGCUAAAGCUACCGUCAGUAAGCAUCUCAUGAAAGUGGCAGGAUUCCGGCUAGGCGACUUUCGUAGGUUACCCCGUGAUCGAAACUCUCAACGGGCGAUUGAUGAGCGCCACAGGAUUUCCAAGCGUCGAGCGUGGUCUAUCGCAAGUUGGAUUCCAACUGUCGCGGAUGAAUUCUACUCGGAGCAUCCAGACCACAUCUCGCUCCUGCUCGCGGCCUCACCGGCAUUCCGCGUCCUGCAUUUUGAAAUUGUGGAGGGAAGCGUGUUGGCGGACGUCGUAUGUGGCUUCAUGAAAGAGAUGGUCGCCGCCUAUCUGCGGAAAUUCCCUGCUGCUCGACGUGCUGGUACCCGAGCCUUCAUAAUGGACAACGCGAGUAUGCACCACCGUUCGUCUGUUACCGACUACUUGAAUGGAGACGCAGUGGCGAACCUGCUCAAGAUCGAGUUCGUGCUCAUAUACUCUCCAUUUCUAAACCCUUUAGAUGAAGUGUUUGGAACCGUGAAGUCAAGGCUCUGGCGGAACCGUUCGGAGGCAGGGGUAACGGACGAGAGUAAAGCUAUGCUGAAGCGCUGUCUCGCGGAGGUGCUGAUGCAAGUUACUGAGCAUGACGUUCGCCAGUUUUACUUCCACGUGGAUGUGGUAUCGGAAAAUGGAGAUUACCGGAGUGAUUGCCCGUCACCCAAGAAUCAAGGUACAAUCAAGGACCAGUCAAGUGCGAGAUGGAAGUCUUACCCCAACGAGCAACGAGGGGAAGAGAAGAGAAGAAGAAGACGUGUGAAGAUGGCGAAAGGAGUCAAGUCAGCGGUACCGGCGACGCCGGUGAAAUUGAGUGGAACGCGCAACGAGGCUUCGAUACUCUCCGGGAGUUCGUUCUCGGCCCCAGCAACGGAUCUGAUGGAGUCGAUUGACGAGCGCUCAGUGAGCUACGACACGGCGAUUGAUUCCUCGGACGCCAAGGAAGAUGAUGAAGCGAUGAAUGGGAUUGGAGGAUCGAGGUCCAUCACCCGCGACCUCUCCGAAACAUUCAACGACAUGCCGGGCCCCGAGCCCGCCUGCGACGGGGAUGACGGUGCGACCGAGGGUUUCAAAGCCUCGGUCACGGUUGGAGGGGCAACCUCCAAGCCGGUUGGCACUCGUCCUUCCCUCAACGGCGAUACUCCGGCGGCCAACAAGGUUCUAGGCCGAUGCCUGGAGCUGAUGAAGACCAAAAGUGAGUGGAUGCAGUUGUUCUCCCCGAAGCAGGUCUACCAGGCCAUCUGGAUGGACCACGGAGGGGCUUUGGCAACGCCGAUCAACUCAACAAGCACUCGGCAGGUCGCUCAGAACACUGUUGACCUCCUGCGUGGAAUGGGGUGCGAGCCCCAGAUUCUCCCGGCGGAUGCUGCACUCACGAGCUGGACGCCAACCACCGGUGCCAUGGCGCUUACCAAGUGGAGGAAGAAGUUACGUGAGGCAUUUGGGGUGGUAGACGGAGGCUCAACGAAGCUUCGUUCGGCCUCGGAAGCGGUUGACCCGUCCAAGGUCCCGCUACCAGCAACCCCUCGGAAGGCGGCCACGGAUGACGGAGUUUUCGCAGCCAAGGGUGAGGCGUCACCUUACAUGCAAGACUCGCACAUGGUAGCCCCGCGAUCUACGGACCGUAGUGAACGUUUGGCUAGGGAGACCGAGUCUUCGUAUGGUACGCCUGGCACGCGCGGGGCAACCGGUCGCUGGUCCAGCCGCCGUUACGACCUCCGAGAUGACUCGUCGGACAGUGACGAUGAUCUCGGGUCCGACUGUUACGAGGGUGACCUGCCAAGCGAAUGGGCUCGUCAGGCGCGCGAACUGAGCGCGCCUGACGAUCAGAGCUCAACCCCGAAGCUCGAGAUUACAAGACCGAACACUCCAUGCGGUGGCUUCCUUCCACGCAAGACGAGCCGCACGUGGAAACUGCUGUGCGAGGCAUUCAUUAAGUACUGCUGCUCGAAGUUCUCCCAGUCUGCAAAGGCUUGGUACUACUCGGCCAAACGAGAGAGCAAAGAUCAUGUAUGUGACUACCUCAACCGGCUCAACGGCUACACUCGCAACGCCGGGGUGCAGUUUGAGCACGGUGAUUGUGACGCGAAGGACCACGUCAAACACUUCUUGGUUACAUGUAACGACCGAGACCUAGAAGAGCGUCUGUGUCCGUUCGGUCAAGAUGACGGUCGCCAUCGCGACGCGCGGUCGAACGAGGAUUCUCGAAGUGGUUACCGCCGCGAACGACAUUACCGCGACGAAGACCGCCACGAACGACGUUACCGUGACGACGACCGCCGCCGUGACCGACGUGACGGGUCACCGCACCGGUCGAGAGUGACUUUGAUCGACGCCCUUGCCGAUGUAAUGGCGGAAUUGAACGUCGGAGCCUCGGUCGGUGCACGCAACGAGGCUCCAUACGCCCCCCCCGACGUGAUGCUGAAGCGAACGAGGAUUACUUCGAGGAUGAGCGCCAAUACUCGGACGACUAAGACGCUGAUUACGACUCGGAUGGGUAUACCGGACAUGUCGCUGCCGCUAACGAUGCCGAGCGCAGGGCCGCAGCCGAAGGAACGUUCGCUCGGUCUGAUAACCGACGCUUCAGGAACGGAGGAGGCCCGUCCAACCGUGAACGAGAUGGUUGACGCCAGUAUGGGCCGUGUGCACGACGCUGGGAAGUGUGAAGCACUCCACGAGCUCACCAAGUUCCUGAAGUCCAAGGCCGACAAGAAGGAUCUGUCGCCAGAGCUGCAAAGCCUGGACCCGCCAACUGAAACUGGGUUGGUCCCAAUCGGGCUGCCACAGUUAGCUGAGCCUGCUGUUGAUGCGGACUAUCUGUUCGCGUUCACGGGCGAAAGCAAACGGUCUGACGACCUGAAGAACAAUGAACGUGUGAAACCGACGGAAAAUGGGGAGAACCGAGACGCAAGUCUCGUUGAGAUUGAUAUUGAUGAAGAUGAUGAUGAUGAACGUGAUGGACACCCGACCGAGCCUUUGAUCACAAGUCUAGCCCAGAUCAGGGGACCACCUCGGAGCCUCGUUCGGGCGGUGAAAUUACUGCCCGGUGAGAGACUGUGGUGGUGGUCGUCCCAACGAUACGACAAGAGGAAGCGAAUGAGAGCUUUAGCCAAUGGCGCUGUGGACGACGCGCGAACGAGGAUACUCCUUGACACUGGAGCGAAUGUUAGCGUGGUUUCUGCCAGCUUCGCCAAGCGGCUACGUGUGCGAGAAGUCCGGAACCACGGACGAAGUCUCGAAGUCCGGAACCACGGACGAAGUCUCGAAGUCCGCGGCAUCAACCCAGGGGUGAUGGAGACCCGGCGACGGACGCUCGUCAAGAUCACCCUAGGGUGGGAGCAGGUCUACGAAUUUGAAAUGUGGAUAAUGGAUCACAGUGCCGGGGUGGAUGUGGUCCUUGGGAUGGACUUCAUCAUCCCAGCUGGAAUCCGACUGGAUCUAUUUCAUGGCACCGCACGCCUUCCGGACGACGUCAUGGUAUCACUGCUACAGUCGCAGAGUGUUGAAGAUGACGAACCUUACGGCACGCAGCUUUCGUGUGGGUCGACCGAGGAUUUAUACGUACCCGGUCGCGAGUGGCGAGAGUUUCGACUGCCGCGCCAGCGGCUACCUCGUUCGAAGUACGAUGUGUAG